UCUGGAUAUACAAUGCAUGACUGGAUAAAACCCACAUUGCAGCGUCCUAUACCCUGUAAACAUAGUGAGAUACUACCUGGAAUACAAAAUUCAGUGACUGACUCAAGGGACACCAAAAAAGUUUGCUGACAGUUCAGAAUAAUUUUUUCAACAACAGGGAACUAGGUAACUGAAAAGCCUUUGUCUUAUAAGUAGGAAAUGACAUGACCGGUUUUGAAUAUUUGUGAAUAUAAUGAUGUGACUCGAAAUGGCUGUGACUGAACACUGAAAUGGAUAAAGUUCUGAAAUAAGACACCAUGGAAAAACCCACUUGUAAGAAAAAGAUACUUUCAUCAAGGGAAUCUUCAUGUGCAACACUUACUCCGACUCUUAAGAACUUCACCAUUCCCAGAAAAAAGAGAGGAGAUGGGAAAGCUCUUCUUGAAUCAUGCCAUGAAGAAAGUAGGGAUUACAGUUUAGUAAAAAGAAUUCUAAGUGAUUCCCGGCUAGACCCUUGCAAAGAGAUUUCAGUCACUUUGAUGUGUGAAGAGGUCAAACUGAUACACAAUGAGGAGCUACAACGAGAGUUCUCUGAGAAAAGGGCAGAGAUGCGUUCCAAGGAUAGACAUGUCAGAGAAAUGGAAGAGAGCUUCUGUUUUUUGGUCAUGUCUGAUCAGAAGGCUGCAAAGAUUUUUCAACAGGGACUAAGUGUUGGGGACUCUGAUCAACACUGUCUGGGAAAUCCAUCACAUGGAGUGUAUUUGCACAAACACGCUGAUGUGGCCCUGAAAAAUACCAGUGGCACCACACCCGCAGGAAAUGUUUUAAUCAUUUUCAAGAGACCCUGCUGGACCACAAGACAGCCUCUCUCAACAAGUUAUUGGGUCAUCCGUGUUCCUGUUUGACUACAACGACAAACAGGAACUGACCCCCACACCAAGACAAUGCUUGCCGUAUGCUGUAGUUUCAUUGGCUCCAGCUGUACAUUCAACACCAUCCACACUGAUGAGCAUUCCAAUAAGGCCAAGGGGUACUGUACAUGUAACUUUUACCUAUAAGAAUGUUCUAUGCUCAAUGUUCUAAUCAAAACUGUUGCCUGUAUUUGUUAAUAUUUGUAAACUGUGAAUCCAAGGUCUAUUUUAAUGUUGUGGUGACCAGCAUGUUUGGUGUUUGGGGCAGGUACAAAACAUUCAAAUCAUCAGGCAGUUGGGUACACUCACCCAAAAACAGUUGAUACAAUGAACAAUUGUUGAACAGUGAUAAAAUAUAAAAACCUUUCAGUUUCAACCAAUCCAAGUUAGAAAUGGUUAAAUAUUUGUUUUUACUUAAUAGCAUAAUUCUUUUUCUGCAGAACCAUGUAUAAAACCUUUUUUUUCAUGUUGACAGAAUUAGAAGCAAAUAUGAAGACUUGCACAGUGGCAGAAAGAUGGCGAAAGGGACAGAAUGCAACUGUAAAAUUCAAACAUUUUGGAGCUUCCAAAUGUCCUGGAUACAAAUCACAAGGGUUGGAAGGAUCUCCAUUUUACCAAAAUGCAGAACAACCAAUCUCUCAUGGCCCUACAAAAGACCCAAAUACAUCACAUAAAAAUGGCAAAGACCAUCUUUUACCAUCCUUUGGUUCAUGGGCUCCUCAGUCAUGCUUUAGUACUCCAUUAGACCCAACACCGCCAGACAUUGGUUCGAUCCCACUUCUGAACAGUUGGCUAUUUCCUCAUUCUGACUAUGCUCAGUUCCUCUCGCAUGCUGGACUGACUCAGAUGAAACAAAAUAAGUUACAGUCAAGUCAUCAAGUUCUGUCUUUUCAACAAGCUCAAAGCUCACUGUCCAUCAACCAGGAUCAACAACGGCAACUUUCUGAUAUACCCACAGCAGCUGUGUUGGAGAAAUGUACCACUGUCGUUUAUUCUUCUCGUGUCAUCAAAGAUCCAAGAAUGUUAAGACGAUUGUCAGGCACUACACAAACGUCCAGUUAUGUUGACUCAGGUGGUCAGCAAACUGAGACAGACACAUCGGAGAAAGAAUUAAUGGAAAAGGCAAAGCGUGAUAAACUCCAUGACUUACCAAACCAGAAUAACAAGAUUUUUGCAAAUGAAACUAGGAAUGUAAACCACACUGAAGGUAGCUGUACUUCUGCUUCUAAGAUAAAUGAUUCAGUUGCUUCCCCCUCUGUGUCCCCCCAAAAAAGUGAUAAUCAGCCAUCAUACAGAAUGCUGAAAAUGAAAUUUAAGAAAUAUUCAGCAUAUCUCCAUAUGUCAAAAAAUGAGAGGGCCACAAAAAUCUGGUCUUUAGAAAGUUUGUCAUUUGAUGAGAAAAAAAUACUUUUUGAAAGAAUCAAUUUCUAUGAGAAGUUUUACCAAAAGUACAAAAAAGGAGACCUUGUUCGAAAUGACAAGAAAACCAAAGUAAACCAUGAGGCAUCAAGUAAACCAAGAAGUGAGCAUGGCUGCUUAACUUCCCACACAGGGAAGAAUUCACACAAACAACAUACCAGUUAUCAGCAUAUUUCAAAACAGUCCCCAGGAAUAUCAAUCCCAGAACCAUCCAAACAACAGAUGACACUGCCGCUUCAACAUUUGACACUGUCACAAGACACAAACAAGAAACAGGAAGAUAGCCAAGUAAAAAAAGAGCAUUUUAGAGCUGGACCCAUCCCAGUCAGUCUCUUAGGACUAAAGGGGGAUCUCUCAUUAAUAGAUGUGCAUAGGUUAGAGCUUGAAAGAACAGCCAAAAGUUUGGAUAUAAUAAAUCGAGACUCAUUGAACCAACCAUCAACGAUGUUGGAGCCUUCCACACAAUCAACAUCCUCUUAUUACGCUAUCCAAAUCAAAAGGAAAGGGGAAGGCCAAGCUAAAAGUUGCGGCGAAAUUGAAUUCUGUGAACAACCUGGAGAUGUUGAUAAAGACACACUGCCUUUUAUUUUUCCACCGGAUAUAUCUGUUCCCUAUGCUUCAGCUGGAUCCACACAUUUUGAUCCACAGACUCAGAUACAGUCUGAAGUUGUUACUCAAAUGGUAGACUCCAUGGGGGACAAACAGGACGAGAAUGUGAAAUCCUACUGUCAAAACCUUGACAGUAGUAUGCACAACAGUGUCGUGAGACAUCAGCAUAAAACAGUUACGGAAGUACAAAACCAAGAGACAGUAUCUCCAAGCUCUAAGGGGAUUCUACAGGAGAUGGAGGAGAGGUUUGAUCUUGAUCGGAUGAUGGUCCAAAUGCCUGAAGAUGCUCUUUAUUCAGGAGAGGACACAAGUACUUCUGAGUACAUUUUUGAGAGCCACACUGAUAUUAUUGGUGCUUGUGAGGAGGUCAAUGCAAUGGAGACAGAAGUAGAUGCUAUAAGCACUGUCUGCCCCUUGAUUGUGUCAGGCAAAGACCUUGAAAAAUCAAUACAAACUAUCAAUAUUCAAGACACAAAAGGCAUACCAUUGUAUUCAGAAGUAACUGAGGACCGGAAUAGCCAUCCUUUGGAAUGUGUCAAUGAUGCCAUAUACAGCUUUUUGCGUAGUAGAUUUGAACUUGGUCAACUUGUUCUCUCAUCGGCUCAAAACACUGAGUUUUUCAUCUCUAGAAAACAUUACUUGAAACCAAAAGACGUCAACAGUCCAUUGAACACCUGUACAUCACCACCUCAACCUUGCAACAAAAACAAGUUCAUCAGAGGUGUGCACUGUAACCUGUGCAUUACAAUAAAAGCUGACAUGGAAUGCUCUCCUGGCACUGAAUCAUGUACUCUGAUCCAGAAAACAUUCAAAGGAGGUGUUUUUAAAGCAACCACCACAUACAAGGAUAGGCUGAAAUCCCACAAUGUCAAAUUAAUAAAAAUAAUGGCAGAAAAAUACAAUGGAAAGGAAAAUGAGUCUUUCAGGAAAAUGAAGGAUCAUGUACAAGUGAUGAAAAGUUCAAAAAAAAUCUUCUCUAGCUUUUCACAAGCAGAUUUAUCAAUAGAGUCGCAAACAUCUUUAAGUAUAUCGCUAAAGAAAAGGAAACGGUCAAAUGUGAUUAAGAAGAGGAACUCAAAGCUAGACACAUUUCCUUUUGAGUUUCGAAGGAGUGUCAGGAAUAGAAGUAAAGGGAACAAGAAUUCUCAAUCUACAGCUCACAAGUCAGAAAUAAACACUUCAAGGACAGCAAAGCCAGUUACCAUGCAAGGGAAAAAAAGGGUUAUUAUCAAGAUAAUUAAGGAUUUUAGGAGGACCAAUAGUUGGUGGACAUUUAGUCACAGGUUGAACCCAAACCGAAUGCAUCGCAACAAAUUGUCCUAUGGUCCUGUCAGAUCAGACAGGCAACAAAAAAUUACAUCUGUAAAUAAGGAACUUCCAAGCACUGACUGUUCUGCAAGAGACACAUCCAACAGAGAGUUGAAAACACUACAUUUCCCUCAACAUACGUUGUCUACACUGGAAUACCUUGAUGUUGCAGAUUCAAGUCAUGAAAAAUGGUUUACUUAUGGGAACGUAUUGGAGGAUGACAAGCCACUAGAAAAAGCAUUACAAGAAGGUACCCCUGAGGAAGAGACCAAUGGAAAUCUUACUACAAUGACACAAGCUGAGGAGAUCACCUCAGUAUCUGAUAUCAUGGAGUACCCAUUAGAUGCUGCCAUUGAGAUUCUUUGUGGCAGUGAGGUAAAAAGUGCUACAAACUCCUGCACACCCAAACCAUAUGAGGUAAUGACCCAGGGUCUAUCACAAACACAGAGAUAUGAUAGAAUUGAGGAAGAUGUUACAUCUAAUCACGCCACCACACCCUCCAAGGAGGUCAAAUUAAUCUCUCAAUUAAGAGAUUUCUUGACCAGAUUUGAGUUAACAGUUCAGAAAGAAGAAACAAAGUCACACUCUGAUAAUGAGGAACAGAAUGUGUUGCAUAUCUGUGAGACUUCGCAAAGAAGUGACUCUGAUGCUCAGAAGCAACCAGUUCAGUUUGUUGUUCUUGACAGGGUGGAACUGCCUAAUCUUAGACAAUUUACAUGUGAGCCUAUGCUGAAUUCCACUGUCAAAUCACAAGCAGUAAAUGCUACCGAGAUUCAAAGUAUUGCAACAGAAUGCAAUCAAUUCAAGAUCUCAAGUCAGAGUAUCAAACCACACAUUAGCCAGUUUGAUGUCACAAACUCAGAACAAGGGUUGAAAGCAAAAGAUUACAAUAAUGUGGAUUGCAUUUCAUGCAUCAGUCCUGAUAGUACUUCCAUGUUGGAAGUCACUAAAGGGUCUACUCAGGUUCUGGUGGGCAACAGUAAUCUAGAGACAAACUCAGAAAUCACCACAAGUGUACCUGCCACAAAACAGAAAUGUAACAGCAAUAGCAACACGAACAAGUUGAAACCUCAAUUUGAUUCAGAAGUUGAAAAACCGAAAGAAAAUGAUAGCAUGAAAAGACACAAUGUAAGGCUUGAAACUUUAUUCCGGAGAGACUUUAGUGUGGCAGAUAUUUCUUACAUGCUACAAGACAGCGACAAAGCAACUUCCUUGAUUCAACUUAUUCCAAUGAGAUCACACUGUAAAGUCAUGCUCCAGUACUUCAUUUUGAAUUUUGAGAAAAAGCAGAAUGACGAAGCCAAACAAAUAGUUGUCACUAGAGACUUAGUUCUAGAGAAAUACAUGGACCGUCCUCCACAACCAGUGGAACUGAAGUUUGAAGCAUUGAAUUCUUUCUUGGAACUGCAGAUGAUGUUGGAGGCGUGGCAAUUUGUUGACAACAAGAUGAGAUAUUUUAGUGGAGAAAUUACAUUUAGGAGUCUGCUGUGGUAUGAUCCCACUCUGUACGGUGAACUGUUCAAAGGAAAGGUGGGGUUCCAGCAGCAGUCCUCUUUAUAUUCAUCUUUCCAGCAAAGCCUUGCCACUAAUGGACUAAGUGCAUUGCAAAACUACCAUAUGGCUGUCUCUAAAUUGAAUGUGCAGCUCCAAAGAGACCCAAACAUGUCUUACUACAUGUAUCUCAAAAGCAAAAGAGAAAGGCUUGAGGUGGAAGCUGUAUUACGAAAUCCCACUCACUUAGAGAGUUUCUACCUCUCUGUGCCAGUGUCUUGCAUGAUAAACUUCGGUGACAAUGUGGAAAGUUUAGAGAGGGCCAAGAAUGUUGUGAAUAUCUUUACAGACAUUCCAGGUGACCAGUUGGAAGGGGGAUUUAAUGUGGGAAAGGCAGAGCAUCUUGCCAUUAUGUGCCGAUUACUUCAAGAGAAAAUCUACUAUUUAAAAGCCGUUAAGAACACCAUGCUUAGCAAGAUAUCGUGGAUUGGCAUGGAACACAUUCUGUAUGAUGCUUCAAAGAUAAUGGUGGGAAGAGAUGUAAAACCAUGUGCAUCACAUGAACUUCUGAGGAAAUACAGAAAAAAAAAUCCACACAUUGUAAUUGGAGUAACAGAAAAUGGCGAAUCAUUGUUCAAUACAAGGAGGGCAAAUAGCACUCACCAAGUGACAAAGCGAGUUCGUCCAAGACAACAAACAAGAAACUUGCAAGAUCAGGUGCGGUCUACUGAGGACAAUCACUGUGCUCAGAAAGCACCUGAGGAUAUACCCACUGCAAUAGCCUUAACAUGUGAACCAAGCCCAAAGCCUCCUGAUGUUCGCUCCAACAAGACUAAGCGAAUAGUGUACCACCAAGUUAUCAUCCCUUCAACGCAUCUCCAGCCUGGAAAACAUCAGGCAAAGCUUAAUAAAACACAGGUUGUCCAUCGAGGUGAGGGGUCAUAUGAUAUUCAUGAUUUACAGAAAAAUAUCACUGCACCAUUCUCACCCCACAUUGUGCCCCCAUACCCAGAAAUCAGGGCAUGUCUUCUGAACAAAGACGUAAAAGAAGUUGAUACACUGAUGCAAUUACCUGCUGCUUUGAGAGAGACAGAAACACAUCCACAUAGACAGUGUCUCUCAAGCUGGCCAACCCAUAACAGAACAGGACAUGAUCCAAGGCAGAUGCAGCCAUCCUUGUCUCAUGCAGUUAGGGACAGUCAACCCAGGGUGACUAUAUUCUCAAAAGAUCUAAAGGAGCAAACUGGCCUGUCUCGAUGGUUUAAUCUGCCUUCUUCCCAGCAGUUGCCCUUAUCAAUGCCACCAUCGAGAAGUGCAACACAAAUGCAGCUUCCAAAUCAUAUCAGCUCAGUGUGUGAGCCCCCUCCAAUAAAUUACCCCUUCUUCCUUCUGAAUGGACAAACUUAUGCUACUGUCAAUCCUAUCACACCAUCACAAGCACAUGAUAAUGGGGCCGCAUUUCUUCAUCAUCAUAUGUAGCCAAUGUUAUUUUGCCUGCUUGAAAUUAUAAAUGUUAUACAUCUAUGUAUAAUGAUUUAUGUAAGACAGUGUGUAACUCCAACACACAAACUGUACGGUCUUGGUUUUAGUAGUGUUGCUCUAUUGUAUGCCAUUUAAGUUUUUUUUUAUCAAUGUUCACAUUUUGUACAUAGAUACAUUUGUUAUUGUAGUACAACAAUCCGUUUAGAAAGAAAAAUUAAAUUCAGUUGAUGAGCUUUUUUAUGAAGUGUUAUUACUGUUCAUCUUACUAACUUAUUGCCGUUCUCUGUGUGGGCUCUUCCAGUGAUUGUAUUCAAUGGUAAUUUUAUUUAGCUGUCAUACAUCUAUGAUAUUUUCAUAUUUUGUAAUACUCUGUAAUCACAUCAACUGAUAGCCCAUUGCAUCAGUUGAAAGCAAUCUUUGUAAUAAAAGCCAUUGGCUCAUAAAGUCAUAUUGUUUAUUGUUAAAAGGAUCCCCAUUAGCUGUCACCAAAGUGGGACAAGCUAAUCUUCCUGGGGUUCAACAAAAAGAGCAAAUAAAAAAUCACUUAACAAUUAUAAUCUAAAAGCAGCAAACAUUGUAGACAUCAUUAUAAACAUCAUCAGAAAUUGAUUCAGAAUAAGUUAUUACAGUAUUACAUUCAUUAUAACAUUCAUACAGUAAAUAUGUCCAUUCCCUACUCACAAUUUUAAAUAGUGCAUUCUCAGAUGGUACCUGAAAGAGACUUUGCUAUUCAUUUUACGUAUAUUCAAUGGGCAAUUAUUCCAAUGAUUGAUGGCAUGAUAAAUAACUGUUCUCUUUAAAGCAUUUGAUUUCGGGCAUGGUAGCAUCAUCUGGCCAUCAUCAGCUGACCUAGUCAAAUGAGAAUGAACCUUAUCACACCUAACAAUUUGGUUAUAUAAAAACACGGGUUGAGAAAAAAAGACAGUAUUUCUGAAAAUAUUUGUUGUAUUGAAGACCAGCCUGUUCUCUACCGUAACCAUGAGAGUCAAUGGUGCAUACUGAUAGUGUUUGUUCUUAUGGGACAAUGUAAUACGAACUAUACUAUAUACUAUACUAACUAUACUAACACAAUGUAAUACUCAUAUGCUUGGAAGGUCACAUGAAACUUGAAUAAGGUGGUAAAAUGUGUAAUAAAUGAAAUAACCUUUUAGUGAAGGGAAUUUAUUUUUCCAUAUCUAUCCACACCUGAAAGUGAGGUUUCAUUCAACAUAUUUCUUCAUGUACCAUGUUUGUACAAGUUAAGUAGUACCACUACCACAUGUUUUUAUCAUAUGUGGAAGACUGAAAAAAGGUAGUGACAGUGGUAUGUUAGACCCGCAAACGUAACAACAUCUGAAGAGGUCCACUGAUCAAUUAACAAAUAAUGAUAACUAUAUUACUUUUAUACUGUUUUGAAUGUUCUGAAUAUAAUAAACAAUAUUUGAUCUAUACCCUGCUAUAUUAGCUCAUGAGAAUGUCCAGGAGAGAAAUAUGCCUAUCUUUGAAUUAUGUUGCUUGAAUCAUUGAUAAACUGUCAUUAUGCUGUUUACUAAAGCUUGCUUAUGCCUGCAUAGCCAUAAGUUAGUUAUAUUGUAGGAUGUGACUAGGAAAUGUCUGUGACACUAGAUUGUAGGUCAGAGAUCACAAUGUUACCAAAGUUUAUAGUGCCAGGCAACUUUGAACGAGGAAAAUAGGAGGGAACGUCAAGGCCAUUUGUAGGAGCCCUAUCUAAAGACUAAGCAAAAACUAUCAAGCACCAUGAAUGUGGCAGAUUCUUUCUGUGCUUGCAAAGAUAUGUUGAUUGUCACCCCCUCCUAUAUUGUGAUACUAUUUAACUGCUCUUCAUUCCUGUAUUCUUUGUCUAGUCUUCUGAGAAGCUCAACUUGAGUGUAUCAUAAACUUGCACCUGCCAGAUCUGUAAUGAAUACUUUGUCUUGAACUUGUA